UUGCGAGUUAUGAUUAGAUGGCGCUCUCGGGGGUGGACGCACACAUGUAAGAGGAGGAGGAGGAGAAUGAGUCGGGUAAUGUGGGCAGCUAGCAAUGAAGCUCAGUCAACAAUGGAAGCAGCGCAAAUCCACCGUCCCUCGCAGCAGCAGCAGCCAUGGAGUGAAGGAGGGGGUGAAACAGAGUGACACUGCCACAGCUAACACUCCCAAGCAGUCGUCUAGGCCGUCUCGUGGCAAUGACGUCACUCGUACAAAUUGUGAGUUGAGAGGUGAGGCACUCCCCAGAGAAACCAAUGCUAGACAGUCUGCAUCGGACUUCUCCUUUGGAUCUUCUUUUAGCAACGACCUAGACGAAGAUUUCUUUAACGCGGUCGAUAAACUGGAGCAGGACUUCUUAGACAAGCAGCCGACAGAAGUCGUGCAGCAUGAAGCAUCUGUGUCGCGUAGCACCGCCGUCACCGGCCGCAGCAACGCUUCAUUCCGCACUCCCACCGGCGUCCCCUCGUCCGUGAAGCUGCACAACACGAGGAAGCGUUGCCAUGGCACUGCGACAGCGCGUGGGGAGCAGCGGUCCCAACUCUCGUCUUCCCCGAAGAUCACGGACUAUCUCGCGAAGGCGGCGCGCCGCGCGGCAGUCGACGACGAUGCGGCGACGCGAGAGUGUGUCGAGAAGAAACGCGUCACGCCGGCUACGUCGCGCCGUGUGGCCUCGUCGGACGCCUCGAAACCCACAGCCGUUGCAGAUGCAGAGGCAGCUGUCGCCGCCGGUGAUGCAGACGACCGCACGGGUCGGUGUGCGCUGUCGUCCCGUCGCGCGGCGUUCCUGCGGGAGGACGAUGCGACGCCGACUGCAGACGCGGAUGCAGGUGUCGUCGUCGCCGCCGGCGACAAGGACACGGACGCGCGUCGCACCCGGUUUUCGACGGCACGAGAUUAA